AUGAAACAAGCUGGUAUUUUUCAAUUUUUAAAUAAUAAUAAUAAAAACAAUGGAGUACAGAAUAAACCAACAACUUCAAAUAUAGGGUCUGCUACCAACGAUGAUUUCGUCUAUCAUCAACCGAAACAUGCAUCAACAGUCAAUAAUGUUAAAGAUGAUAUAGAUGAUUUUGAAAUGGAUUUAGACAUUGAUUUAGACAUUGAUACACCUUCGAAUAAUAAUAAUAAUAAUAGUAAUAGUAGUAGUAGUAAUAGUAGUAGUAGUAAUAGUAGUAGUAACAAUGGUAAUUCAGCAACAGCAAAAACAAUGGCACCACAAUCAAAUAAGAGUGUUAUCAAACCUAUGAUUCCAGCGGUCAAGCAAAGCCCUUCAAAGUUAAAUCUAAAGAACAUGACAGCUAUGACAAACAACAACAACAACAGUAGUAGCAGUGGCAAUGGAAAUCUUUUAUCUUCAUUCCAAAAGGUUGGAUCUACUGUUCAGACGACUACAUUGAAUUCGUUCAUCAAAAAAGUAGAUUCAUCCGAAGCUAAAGUAAACUUGUUAUUCGAGAAGGAUGCAAAGGAGAACGCCAACAAAAUUGAGCCCGCUCCAAUGACAUUGAAACCGAAAUCACCAUCACUAAAGAAUACACCGACAAAGGCACCGGCACCAGCAGCUGUCAGCAAACCAACAACACCAAAGAAACCAACAACACCAAAGAAGCCAACUUCCACUUUGAAAAAGAGAAAGAUCGAUGAAGAUGACGAGGAAGAAGAACAAGAUGACGACGACGAUUUUGAUUUCGAUUUGGAUGAUAAUGAUCAAGCAGAAGACGAUGACGAAGACUACGACGAUGACAGCCAAUCGAAACCAAAGAAAACAACAACAAAAGGAAAAGGAAAAGCUGCAACAGCAACAGCAGUGAGAACACCAAGCAAAGCGAAAUCAAGCAAGAAAGAUGAUGAACGUUAUCAAUUCCUUGUGGAUAUAGCCGACGCCAAUCAAAUCAAAAAGGGCGAACCAAACUAUGACCCAAGCACACUCUACAUUCCAAGCACGUUUUUGGUAAAUUUCACUCCUUUCGAACGUCAGUAUUGGGAUAUCAAAUCGAAAAACUACGACAAGAUUGUAUUCUUUAAGAAGGGUAAAUUCUAUGAGCUCUACGAAGACGAUGCGGAUCUCGGCCAUCAGCUGUUCGAUUUGAAGAUGACCGAUCGUGUAAAUAUGCGUAUGGUCGGUGUGCCAGAGAAGAGCUUCCAGCAAUGGGCAAAGAAGUUCUUGGAAGCCGGCUACAGGAUCACCAAGGUCGACCAGGUCGAAUCUCGACUCGCUAUGGACAAGCGUCAGAAUCAAAAAGGUGCUUCAACCAGCAAAGAGACAAUCAUUCAACGUGAAGUUACAUCGAUCCUUACGAUUGGAACACUCGUAGACGAUAGUUUGUUGCUCGAUUCCACUUCAAACUAUUUGAUGUCCAUCAAGGAAGAUGAUUACAAACAGGAGCUUGGUAUCUGCUUUUUGGAUAGCUCUGUUGGUUUGUUCUAUUUGACCGAGUUUAAGGAUGAUGAGAAUCGAUCACACUUGGAGACACUGCUACUACAAACCAUGCCAAAGGAGAUAUUGUAUGAUAAGAGCUCGAUUUCUCAGACAACUCUCAAUGUUAUCAAGCGGGUGUUGUCCAGAGAAAAAUAUAUCUUGACAACGAGACAACCAACUGAAUUCUGGUCGACUGAUUUUACACUUGGCAAGCUGGAGGAGAUGCAAAAGGCAGACGAUCUGAAAAAAGUGUUGGGUGAUAAUAUCGAGGUGGAACAUUCACUGCUGGGAUAUGCGCUGGGUGGAUGUUGUUGUUAUCUUGAAGAUAUAAAGAUGGCGGAUCAAGUUACCAAGCAGGCCAGAUUCGAAAUGUACAACACACUCGACGGCACCAGUUCUUUGGUUCUCGACGGCCAGAGUCUCGUAAACUUGGAGAUUUUCGCAAACACCACCGAUGGAUCGACCAAUGGAUCGCUGUUCAAGGUGUUGGAUCGUUGCUCCACUCCGUUUGGAAAGCGUCUACUAAAGCAAUGGGUUUGUCGUCCACUUUCAUCGCGAGAGAAGAUCAAUGAGCGUUUGGAUGCGGUUCAAUAUCUCGGUGAGAACCAAGAGUUGAUGAGCAAACUGUCGACCAUGCUCACUCGUGUACCGGAUCUCGAGAGAAUGCUGUCGAGAAUCAAGGCUUGCUCAUCAAAGAUUGGUGAUUUGGUGACUGUGUUGAAUGUUUUGGAACGUUGCCAACAGUGUUUGGAAGAGUUGGAUUGUGUAGAUGAGAUCAAUUCACCGACACUACAAUACCAUGUCACAGUUGGAAAGGGAUUCCCCAAUCUAAAGACUCUUAUCUCAUCGAUGAGAUCGAGUUUCGAGAUCAAUGUAGUACAGUUGAUUCCCUCCAAAGGUCUAUUUACAGAGUACGAUGAAUGUCAAGAGAGAAUCAAAGCUAUCGAGCAAGAGUUGGAGCAACAUCUAAAGGAUCAAAAGAAACUAUUCUCAAGCAAUUCAAUCGCCUACAAGAGUAUCGGAAAGGAGAUUUAUCAACUUGAAAUUCCUAUCGAUGUAUACAACAAACACAAAGCAAAGAUGGGUGACUACAUCUACAAAUCAGAGUUAAAGUCGAAAUCAAAGAGAUAUUGGACGCCGUUUAUCGAGAAAAAGGUAAAACAACUUGCCGAGGAAAACGAUUCUUUUUCAGCGCUUCAAAAGGUGGUGGAGGUCAGAAUACAGGAGCAAUUUAACGUAAAUGCAUCGGCAUGGUGUCAAGCAACUGCAAGUUUAGCUCAGAUCGAUUGUAUUCUCUCGCUUGCCAAAGUCAGUCAUCUGGCUGGAAUCACAACUUGUCGUCCAGAGAUUGUUAUUUCCGAUCAUGCACUGCUCGAUGCAAAAGAGAUGCGUCAUCCAGCGAUCACACUGAAGGGUGGUGACGAUUUCAUUCCGAAUGACAUUACUCUGGGUAUCGAUCAACAGCCAGGUGUCAUGGUACUGACCGGACCAAACAUGGGUGGAAAAUCAACACUCCUCAGACAAUGUUGUAUUCUGGUGAUCAUGGCGCAGCUCGGUUGCUAUGUGCCCGCUGCAAGUUGUCGUCUAUCGAUUGUCGAUCGUAUCUUUACACGUUUGGGUGCCAACGAUAAUAUUAUGGCUGGUCAAUCGACAUUUAUGUUGGAACUACAAGAGACAUCGAAUGUGUUGAAAUACGCCACCAAACGAUCGCUUGUCAUCAUGGAUGAACUCGGACGUGGAACCAGUACAUUCGAUGGUUACUCCAUUGCAUUCUCAGUGCUAGACUACAUAUCCAACAAAAUCAAUUGUAUGUGUAUUUUCGCAACUCACUACCAAUCACUGGCACACGAACCAAAGGUAGCCAAAGCCAUCCAGAAAUCUCACAUGUCUUGCUAUGUCGAUGAUGUCGAGAAGAAGGUUAUCUUCCUUUACAAACUGACAGAAGGUGUUUGUCCUGCAUCGUAUGGUAUGCUGGUGGGUGGUAUGGCAGGAAUACCAUCGGAAGUUAUCGCCAAGGCCGAAGAGAAAGCCGAACAAUUCGAAAAAGAAUCGACUGUUUCCACCUAUGUACAUGGUACCACUAGCACAAAAGAAAUAGUAAAGAAAAUCACUCAAUCCGUAGGUUCAAAAGAUUAUAAGAAACUUUUGGAACUAUGGAAAACCUUGGAUAUCAAUAAAUAA